GACUGCAGGCCCGCGGCCUGCGGACUACAACUCCCGACGUCCACCGUGAGGGCCAGCGGGUGGGAAGGGCUCCCGGCGAGCUCCGGCCGGGAGUCCACGCUCCCCAAUGACAGCAGCGACAGGAAGCCGGCGGGCGCUACUCUGGCUGCGAGGCCGCUGGUUUCCCGAGGGGCGACAUUGGACACUUCCCCACGUAACUCCCAUCUCUGGCCCCCGAGACUGUGCAUGGCGAAGUCCCCGGAGAACUCUACCCUGGAGGAGGUUCUGGGGCAGUAUCAACGGAGUCUCCGGGAACGUGCUAAUAGAAGCAUCCACCAACUGAAGUGUGCCCUGAGAGAAGGUGAUGGCACCAUUGGAGAAGAUGCUGUGGGUCCUGCGUUUAGUCCCGGUGUGGAAAAUGGGGAAACGGAGGACGCGGGGGCUGCCUGGCAUGAACUGCGACACAGCCAUGCUGUUAAUCAGCUCAAAGCUUUGUUACGCCAAGCAACUAAGGAAAGUGAGAUGUCUCCAUCUAGAAGGCAAAAAGUGUCCCCGCCGGGGGUGUCAGAAGAAGAGGAAGCCAAUGUGCCUACUAUCCACAAUCUUGUUCCCAUCAUCAAUGACCAGUCUCAGUACAUUCAUCAUUUAGAAGCAGAAGUCAAGUUCUGCAAGGAGGAACUCUCUGGAAUGAAAAAUAGGGUACAAGUAGUUGUGCUUGAAAAUGAAAGGCUCCAACAAGAGCUGAAAUCUCAAAGACAAGAGGAGGCAAUGAGGGAACAGACACUUCUGGAUGCAUCUGGAAACAUGCAGAACUCUUGGAUCACAGCAGGUGAAGAUUCUGGGGUGGAUAAAGCUGCCGAGAGAGGAUUCUUCCAUGGCGAUGCGGAUGUCAAAGGCGCAUCUGCUGGGGCAGCAAAAUGGAAACUAGAACUGGAGAGACUGAAACUUACUUAUGAAGAAAAGAGCGAAGUCCUAGAAUCUCAAUUGAGGAUUUUGAGGAAAGACUUAGCUGAAUAUCAGAAAAACUGUGAAGAUCUUAAAGAGCGACUGAAGCAUAAAGAGUCUCUUCUUGCUGCGAAUACUUCUAACCGGGUUGGUGGCCUGUGUUUGAAAUGUGCUCAGCACGAAGCUGUUCUUGCCCAAACCCAUAAUAACGUUCACAUGCAGACCAUUGAAAGACUGACUAAGGAGAGAGAUGACUUAAUGUCUGCACUAGUUUCCGUCAGGAGCAGCUUGACAGACGUGCAGCAGAGAGAAGCUGGUGCUUAUGAGCAGGUGAAGCAAGCCGUGCUAGUGGCCGAGGAGGCCAGCUUCGAGAAGACCAAGGCUUUAAUCCAGUGUGAACAGUUGAAGAACGAACUGGAGAGGCAGAAAGAGCGACUUGAAAAAGAACUCGCAUCUCAGCAAGAGAAAAGGGCCUUUGAGAAAGAGAUGAUGAAAAAGGAAAUAACAGAAGAGAGGGAGAACGUGAAAUCAAAGAUACUGUCUCUGUCUCAAAAUAUUGCCCAACUGGAGGUCCAGGUUGAAAAGGUUACAAGAGAGAAGAUUUCAGCUAUUAAUCAACUAGAGGAAAUUCAAAACCAGCUUGCUUCCAAAGAAAUGGAUGUCGCAAAGGUGUGUGGGGAAAUGCGCUAUCAGUUGAAUAAAACCAAAAUGGAGAAGGAUGAGGCAGAGAAGGAGCACAGAGAGUACAGAACAAAAACUAAAAGGGACCUUGAAAUGAAAGAUCAGGAAAUAGAGAAAUUGAGAUUAGAAGUCAGUGAAAGCAAACAGCACUUGGAACGGGAGCAGCAGAAGGCAGCCGGGGCCAGAGAAGAGUGUCUGGAACUGACAGAUCUGCUGAGCGAAUCCCAGCACCAACUGCACCUCACCAGACUGGAAAAAGAUAGCAUUCAGCAGAGCCUUAGCAACGAAGCAAAGGCCCAAGCCCUUCAGGCCCAGCAAAGAGAGCAGGAGCUGACACAGAAGAUACAGCAAAUGGAGACCCAGCAUGACAAAACUGAAAGCGAACAGUAUUCACUGAUGACCUCCCAGAAUAUAGUUUUGACAAAGUUAAAGGAAGAGUGCUGUGCAUUAGUCAAGAGACUGGAACAAAUCUCCCAAAAAAGCAGAUCUGAAAUAGCUCAGCUCAGUCAAGAGAACAGGUAUACCUAUGAAAAACUGGAAAAGUUACAGAGAAGAAAUGAUGAACUGGAGGAACAGUGCGUCCAACACGGGAGGCUGCAUGAGAUAAUGAAGCAAAGGCUGAAGCAGCUGGACAAGCACAGCCAGGCCACCGCCCAGCAGCUGGUGCAGCUUCUGCGGGAGAGGCAGAACCUGCAGGAGGAGAUGGGGCGCCCGAGAGCGCAGAGCUGCGUCUUAACCAGUAACCCGGCUGGGGAGUUCCUGAAGACUGUGCUGGGCACACUGGGGGACACAGACCUACUUCAGCCACAGAAUAAGCUGGAAUUGUGAGUUUCGCCUCCAAGCCUGGAAGUGAACAAGACCGUGUGCCCCCAGCGGGGACGUCAGACAACACGGCCUGCCAAGGGUCCUGGAGAGAUCGGCCACAGUCCCUGUCUUCCUGGAGGGAGACUGGAUCAUCUCUGGGUUAGGGAUGGUUUGCCAAAGGCUUCCGUUUUCUCAGCCUGGAUGAAUUAAGCAUACUGACUUAAUUUUGUAUGUCACAUUCUGAAAGUCUUUGUCCACCCAGAACCCCGAAGAGAACGGAGACUUCCUGGCCUGGCCAGCUGCCCCCAAGCUGAGUCCCAUCCCUCUGAUCUGCUCCCAGGUACCGAGCGCUGGGCCCUGGAGCAGGGGACAGGGCUUGGGUUGGCCUGUGGCCUCUGACAGGAAACAGCUAGGCUUGUUUAGAAGGCUCUAGUAUCCUACGUCGCUUCUGCUUCAGUUCUGGAACGUGGACAGCGCCUGGCAAAGGGAGCUGGUCACAGUCGUAACCAGGCUGCAGUGACAUUUCUAACCGCAAGGAUUCCCGUCCUCCCCUCAAACGCUGCUACGGUGCAGGGAGCCGGUCUGCUGUGGGGUGCGGGGUUCAGGCCCGGCACGGGGUGCUGACCGCUAAUCUGCCUUGAUCUUAGUGUGACUAAAAACGAUGGCUUUAUUAUUCUCCUACCUCACUCUGCAGGUGGGGGAUUCUAGAAAAUGGCUUGAGAGAGAGAGAGAGAGAGAGAUUGGUUAUAAGCAGGGGAGGGGCAGAGAGAGGGGGAGACAGAAUCC